UGUACGAAAAUGUCAAAAGAUUUAAGUUUUGAUGAAAAAACUCUUGACAUAAGUGAUGAACUGAUUAAAAUGGAAAAAGAAUUACAUCCAGAAACAGGAUUCGUGGUUAAGGAAGAAGAAUGGGAAGAAAAUGUUUCAAUAGAACCUCAACAAAAUCAGAAUGAAAAUGAAAUUAACAAGACAGUUAACAAUAAACAAACUCUGAACCAAGAAAAACGUUUCACUUGUGAUGUUUGCGAUAAAAAAUUUGCCCGAAUGAGUCAUUUACUCGAACACAAUCUUAUUCAUUCCAAAGAAAAGAAUUACUCAUGUGAUCGUUGUGGUAAAAAAUUCACUCGACAAAGCAGCUUAAAUCGACAUAAUCGACAACAACAUGCCGAGGAAAAAUCAUUUUCAUCAAAUAUUAAAGAUGAAGGUUGGUCAAAUCAAUAUUUUUCAUGCGAUAUUUGUGAAAAAAUGUUUGAAUCCGAAUUUAAUUUCGAAACACAUAAACGGUGUCACACCGAUGAGACGUUUUCUUGUGAUGCUUGUGAAAAAAAAAACAAUCCCACUUAG